UUCAAAACGUUACCUGGCAACACUAGCAUUAACAACUGAUUAAAAUCGGGUGUCGCUAUUAUUUUUUAAAACAAACGGAAAGAGGCGCGACGACGGACCGAAUUUCAAUCAAAUUCUGUGUGAAAAGGCGCGCAAUCCAAACGACUACCGCUGGUAUUUAAAAUAACCCAACCGACUGAAGGAAUACAAUCCAUAUCCAGGAAUCCUGAAGAUGUGCGACGAAGCCGCCACCGAAACUCUGGAGCAUCCAGAUCACCAUGUCCACUUCGAUGCCGCCACAUUGAAGGACGACUUCGAAUCGGACAGCUGUGUGACAUAUCAGAGGUCGGGCGACACGAUCGUGGUUAGCCUGGGCUUCCUCCAAAUUAAUCAUCGCUACCUGAUCGACCUCAAGCUGCCCACAUCCCUGUUCGGCGACGCCAAGACCCUGGCCAGCAAGUUCGAGCCGGUGGUCAGUGCCACACCGAAUCUGCACUGCCGGAUCACAGAGUUUGCCGGCACCAAGCACGACGAGCACGACUUUUUCGAGAUGAAGAUCGAGUUCUUUGCCUACAAGGAGAAGCUGCUGCGCGAGGUCUUGCACAUAGUCAGCUCCAGCAAUGCCAAGGAGCUGCUGCAGCUGGUGAUCGCUGCUCGGGUGCUGGGCAAGGGCAAGGGAACGCCCAUGCUGCGCACUGGCAUCCACUGCAUCGGUGUGGAGCGGGACGAGGAUGAGUCAGAGGCUUCGGACUUUGCCGGAUUCGAUAGCAGCAAGCCUUAAGGAGGUGGAGGAGUCAUGCCUUGCCGCAAUUUGUUUUCCUAGUUAAUUGCAAAUAUUUACAUAGUUUUUAAGUGAGAAAGAAGGAAAGUGGAGAGAAUAAUAUGUAAAAGUUAGUUAUUACCUACAUAGAGCAACCAAUUGUGUAUGUAAACUUCAUUGAGCAUUUACGCUUAGGUUUCGGUUUCAGUUUCGGUUUCGGAUUCACUUUCUGUUUCUGUACUUAACAAUUGUCAAGCAUGCGGGCAAGUUGCCAGGAAUUCCCAUCACAAUUGUAAUGUUUACGUGAUUGUUACUAAUUGGCCAAGAACUUGACGUUUGUAAACAAAAUUUCAUGAACAGUUUGUGACCCAAUUACCUGAUUUUCACAAUAAUUAGUAUUUUCUUGUUCAAGACCUUAGUUCUAGAUCGUUUCUUUUGUCAACUGCACUGUACAUACCUUAUAUCUUUAAUCUCCAAUGCAAUGUAUUUAAAGUUAAUCCAAAAUGUAAACUCGAUGUAACAGAGACCAAGCUGCGGCCCAUCCUGGCAAUACUGAAUGCCUAAAAGUAUGCAAGACCAGACGCAAUUUAAUAUAUAAAGAAUUCAAGGUGCUAAUCGAUGCAUUAUCUAAACGGAUAUUUAACCUUUUUGACUAAAAUUAGCCCUUCCCAUAUUGGGCCUUUUGAUAACCUAUUCAAGCAUUGUGAAAAGUAUAAAUAACAAAAACAGCACCGUAACCAAUUAAUUAGAUUUUGUAAAUUAAAAAUCCAACAAAUUGGAGCUCAAUUCAUAAAACAAUAAACAGUAUACAAGCUAAGUUUAUUUCAAGUAGGCAGUGCCCCAAAAAAAUAAAUUUAAUUUUAAUAAAAUUUGUUAGACCCUAAAA